UCCUCUCCUCCUUUUCCAGCGGGCGCUGGAUCGCUGGUUCCUCCCCGCCCGGGGCCGAGGGAGGUGGCCCAGGCGGGGCUAUAAAUCCCGUGGCCCGGCUCCGUCUCCUCUCCCGCCCUUCCCGUCCUCCGCUGUUCCCUUUGAGCUCUCGGUCUCCCGGUGUCCCCAUGGCGAGUCCCCUGGAGCAGGCACUGGCCGUGAUGGUCACCACCUUCCACAAGUACUCCGGGAAUGAGGGGGACAAGUACAAGCUCAGCAAGGCCGAGCUCAAGGAGAUGCUCCUGAAGGAGCUGCCGAGCUUCAGUAAACAAACCAGCGAGGCCAGUUUACAGCAGCUCAUGAGCAACCUGGACUGCAACAGUGACAGCGAGGUGGACUUCCAGGAGUACGUGACCUUCCUGGCCUGCAUGGCCAUGAUGUGCAACGACUUCUUCCAGGACCUCCCGGACAAGAUGCCGCGCAGGAAAUGAGCGGGGAGCACCUUCCCCGGGCCCUCCCCCUGUCCUCCUGAUGCCAUUUCAAUAAAUAUCGAUUUCAACCAA